GUGAGCCUUGGUUAGAGAGAUAAAAGAAAGCAAGCCUUUCUGGUGACAGUGCAGUCUCCCUGCUCACCCAGCCUUGGGCAAGGACCCAGAGACCCCAGGUGCUGAGCUGAGGGGCUGACGUGCUACGAGAGAAUUAGAGGAGGACUGAGCAAAGCCAUGAUAUUUCCAUGGAAAUGUCAAAGCGCUCAGAGGGGCUUAUGGAAUGUCUUUAAGUUGUGGGUCUGGAUUGUGCUCUGCUGUGAUUUCUGCACUCAUCAUGGCGCCGAUUGCUGGACUUACCAUUAUUCUGAAAAACCUAUGAAAUGGUCACUGGCUAGAGAGUUCUGCCGAGAACAUUACACAGAUUUAGUUGCCAUACAAAACAAGGGGGAGAUCGAGUACCUGAACAAGACGCUGCCCUUCAGUCGUUAUUACUAUUGGAUAGGAAUCCGGAAGGUAGGAGGGGUAUGGACUUGGAUGGGAACCAACAAAUCUCUCACUGAAGAAGCAGCGAACUGGGGCGAUGGGGAGCCCAACAACAAGAAGAGUAAGGAGGACUGUGUGGAGAUCUACAUUAAGAGGACCAAAGACUCAGGGAAAUGGAACGAUGACUCCUGCCACAAACCGAAGGUGGCCCUCUGUUACACAGCUUCUUGUGAGACCUGGUCAUGCAGCGGCCAUGGACAAUGUGUGGAAAUUAUCAACAAUUACACCUGCAACUGUGAUGCGGGGUACUAUGGGCCCCAGUGUCAGUUCGUGACUCAGUGUGAGCCAUUGGAGGCCCCAGAGUUGGGUACCAUGGCUUGUAUUCACCCCUUGGAAAACUUCAGCUUCAGAUCACGGUGUACCUUCAACUGCUCCGAGGGAACAGACAUAAUUGGGAUUGAAGAAACCACUUGUGGACCAUAUGGAAACUGGUCAUCUCCAGAACCAACCUGUCAAGAAUUGGAAAGGAAUGUCACAGCCAUCGAGGUGGGUGACUAUAACCCCCUCUUCAUUCCCGUGGCAGUCAUGGUGACUGCAUUCUCUGGGCUGGUAUUUAUCAUUUGGCUGGCAAGGAGAUUAAAAAGAAAAGGCAAGAAGUCUCAGAGAAGCAAAGGGGCUACUUUGGGGCAGAAGACACGGACUUGGGGGUUCUCACAUUACAGGAGGUAACUACUAUCUCAGGAGCAGGUACGAUCCUGUAGGGCGAGUGUCCAGGGUGAGAAUGGAAGAGGGUGUGGGAAAGAGGGUGGGAACCGGAGGAAGGUCACUAUCAAACAAGUUAGCUAAGGAAGAGCAGAAGGAGAAGAGGGUCCCAGAGAAGCAGAAGUGAAAUGAGGAGAGUAUGGGGUCAUGAUCCUAAGGAAAGAAGUAAGUGGAAACUCUUUCAGUUAUGGCUGGGAGAAUCAGCAAGUUUCCACUGGGUGUAACAAGGGUAUUAGUGGGCAGAUUGUUUUCAGCACUGAGGGCAUCACAGACAUCCAACAGGCAGGGGCUGAGGAAUCAGUAGGGGUGAGAAAGUACAGGCAGAACAUGUACAUCAGCUCCUUGUAAAGCUUGACUCGAAGGAGAUGAGAGAGUCGGAGAGUAACUGGAUAGGGACAUAGGGUCAAUGGAGCGUCUUUUCUUUUUUCUUUCCUUUCCUUUUCCCUUCCCUUCCCUUCCCUUCCCUUCCCUUCCCUUUUUCUUGACCUAUCUUCCAUUAGAUUGUGUAGAUGGGGUCCCAUAGCCUUCUCUAAGCUGACCUCCCUAUCUCUGUGGGCAGGAAAUCCACAAGACACAAAGAUUUCUUUCAUACUCGCACCCACUGAGUGAAAGUCUUUUCUGGCACAAUCUACGCAGAGCUGUUUUCUGGCCACAGGAACCACCUGCAUUUUAAUUGCCGCUAGAUGGAAGCAGAUCAGUUCAAUUUGUUGGAUGUCCUUGGGGGACAGGAAGAGAUGCUGGCAGGAGGAGUAUGAGCAUUAAGUUAAUCAUCAAAUUAAGUUAGUUACCAUAUUAAGCUCAUGGCCCUGUUAAGUUUUAACAAUUCACCGAUUUUUACAGUGAACACCUUUGUGUUGGAACAAUGCUCAGCCUGAGUGAAACACCAGGAGGUGUUAAGUCCUUGUGCCUGACCUCAGGGAGAUUAUUAUCUAGUUAGGAGUUAAGACUGAAAUAUGGAAAUUUUUUUCAGAAAAAUAAAGGCAAACUGUGGUAAUGGUCAAUGAAUUCUGUAUCGAAGACAGGACUUCUUCAAUAUAAAAGCUUAGUGAUCACAGCAAAUCUUAUAAAGAAGGUGGAACCUGGGUUAGUGUUUGAAGAAUGGAGAGGAUUCAGGUGUAUGGAGGAAGCAGGGAAGGCAGUCUAGAUGAGGGAGAUGAGGUAAGUGGUAUGGUGCUGGGACUCUGAAAGCAUGUCCCGGGGCUAGUGAGUAGAGCUACCUAGAGCGUCUGGUGCAUUGAGGAGCGGGGAACAGAAGGUGGAAGGGAAGGCUUGCCCCAUCAACACAGGUCUUGAAUGCUUCAUCAGAUGUUCUAGAAAGACCUAACAAAUAAUUAUUUGCCCAGCUGCCUUGGGAUAUCUCUAAUUUAUUGGCCAAAGUGACCACAGAAUCAUAGAAUUUUAGUUAGGGAAAGGAUCUUAGUCGACAUUGUGUUCAAACUCUCUUAAUAAUUGAAAUAAUUAAAUAACUUUUCCAUAGUCCCUGAGAUAGUCAUGGAGUUAGUUGCAAUAAUAAUAAACAUCAAACAUUAAUCCCAUGCUGUGCACCAUUCUGAGUGUUUUACAUGUCGUAAGUUGUUAAACAUUGCCUACAAGCCUGUGGGUGUAUGUUCUAUUAAUAGUUCGAUUUUAUAGGUGAAGGAGCAGUGAAAUUAAAUAACUAGUCUGAGGUCACUGAAUAAAUGACAAAGCUGAAAUUUGUACCCAUCUAGAUCCAAAGGUCAUGCUCUUAACCUUUAUGCUUCUAGAACUCAGGUAUCUGGGUGCCCGGGUUGGAGUUGUAAGUCCCAGACACCCUCCUCCUCCAUUACUAUAAAUUUUCUUCAUGCUGAAACCACUGUGUGAAGGCACUGAGGAAGGGUGGGGUGGGAGAAGUAGGGUGUGUUUCUAGAACAAGCCAAAGGUAAAAUGAACACCAUCACACGGACCACUGUGCAUCAGGUUUUUUUUUUUUUUUUAAGCCCUUGAGCUAACACCCGUUGUCCUUUGGCUCACGCGUGUUAGUAUUUGGUUGGUGAAUGACUGAUUCUGGGCAUGUGUGGUUUCAAUUCUUGCUGGGCUAUUUUGACUAUUCUGCAAACUGGUUCUGUUUAUCACCUCAUUUGGUUUCUAGUAUCUAAAUUCUGCCCGCGUAAAAGCUACACCCAAGAUACACAGGAAGAUACGAUGCCAACCUCAGAGGAGGGUGUAUGUGAAAUUUUGUUUUCAGAAACAUUUUUAUCUCUCUAACUGGCAAGCACAUUUGCAGCUGUUGAACUGUGGUUUACCCUGGCAGUUCAUCAUAAGAGCAGAAUCUCAGAAUCUGGUUCUCCUUUUGAAAGGUGUUAUUAAGAUGUGCCAUAUUUGGUUCUCCUCUCUCCUUUCCAAGAAUAAGACAGUUGUCUUACACACACACACACACGUAAUUUUUUUUUCCCAUGAGACUAAAUUUGUCACCCGUAAAUCACAUUUCAUCCAAAUGGGGCGUUCAGAACCCCUACCUUGCCUUCUGUGAGUUUUGAUUUUCUGAUUUCUCUUUCCAGUUGAACAUGUCUUCUACUUUUCUGACUUUCCACUGUUCAAAGUUUAUCUAAAAUGUCCUUCAGACUCUUUAGAUCUGAAGACAAAGCCAGUACUGCCAAAAUUUCUUAAAGUGUGUCCUGAAGAACAAAUGCUUAAGCAUUACCAGGAAGCUUGUUAGAAAUGCAGACCCCUAGGCCCACUCAGACCUACUGAAUCAGCAUCUGAAUUUUUCUGCAUUUUAACACCAUGCCUGGUUGGUAAGCACCAAAAGUGUGAGAAGCUCUGCUUUGGGGUUCUCUUCUCAUUCCUGUGUCUUAGUGAAUGUCCUGCAUCUUACAAUCCAUCUGAAAGAUAGUUCCUUUAGUCCUCUCCUGAUCUUUCGUGAAUAUUCAUCUUUACUACUAACAGUUUAAUGUUUGCAAUUUUUAAGCACCUUAGUUUAACUUCUAUUCUC